GAUGAACCCACAAUUCAAGCUGGAGAAACUACAUCUGAGUUAUUGCAGUAUUACAGAGGAACAGAGUCUCAUCCUGACUUCAGCUCUGAAAUCAAACCUGUCACACCUGAGAGAGCUGGACCUGAGCGGGAAUAAUCUAGGAAACACAGGAGUGAAGCACUUAUGUGCCGUACUGAAGGAUUCACACUGUAAACUGGAGAGAUUGAGGUCAGUCACAUUCACAUACAAGAAUCAAAAUGCUUAAAAUCACUUCAA